AUGGGCUCACCUGAAAAUGGGGUUGUCAUGUGGAUGAUGCUAUCCACACAUGCAUCACAUAGGCCUCCCAACUGUACUCUGUGUUACACAGUGGCUGCAAAGUCAGUGAUCAUAAGAGAAGCACAACGCUGGUGUUCGCACCCUGAUCGUCCUCAAGACUCUUUUCAUAGCCAGUCAGCUCAGCACGAGGCAAAGCAGCAAGGAGCGAAAGAAAGCAGUGGUGGGCUUCACAUUAAGGACGAGCUCAGAAGCACUUGCGAUCACGCAUCUUCAGGUUGCACCUCUUCCAGUGUACAGUUUGAGACCAGCACAACAACAGUUGAACCACAGUUCGAAAACGAUUCACUAUUUACUACCGAAGGUCGACCCAUAGAGCAAUCUUCAGAGCAGAGCGAGGCUCAAGUGGCGGGCAAGUCAUCGACGUUCGGACAUGAGAAAGACAAGCUUUAUAAGUGCAGUGUUGGUUUGGCUGCAUGCAAUGACACUGGGCUCUUGGAAGAUGAUGUCAAACCUCACAAAGCAAAGACAUUUACCUCUGACAUGUGCUCCGCGGCAAUCAGUCAUGCAUCAACUCUGCAAGUGCAUGCAAAACAUUCCAUGGGAGUAUGCUUGCACAGAUCCAAGAUAUGUGCAUCGAGCGCAUACAAGUGCAAUCUCACCCCUGCAGAGUCCAGCCACACUAUGUGCGUGCGGCAUCACAAGCAGACGCACAUGGGCAAGAAGUGCUACAGGUGUGAUCUCUGUCCUGCAGAGUUCAGCCAUUGCACGAGCCUGUGCCGUCACAAAAGAAAGCACACAAGCGUGAAGCGACACAAAUGCAAUCUCUGCCCUGCAGAGUUCAGCAACAGUGAGAAGCUGCGUGAUCACAAGAGGACACACACGAAAUUCAGCCUUAGCUCUAGCCUCUAUGACCACAGGGGGACGCACAGAGAUGAGAAGCCCAAUAAGUGCGAUCUUUGUCCUGCCGAGUUUAACAAGAGGGACACCCUGCAGUGUCACAGGAGAUCACACACGGGAGAGAAGCCAUACAAGUGUGACGUCUGCAUUGCAGCGUUCAGCCGUAGCUCCAGCCUGUUGCGCCACAAGUGGACGCACAUGGGCAACAAGCCCCAUAAGUGCGACCUCUGUCCUGCAGAGUUCAGCAAAAAGACGGGCCUACAGUGCCACAGGCGAACACACACGGGAGAGAAGCCAUACAAGUGCAAUAUCUGCCCUGCGGAGUUCAGCCACAUUACGAGUCUGUCAUAUCACAAGCGAAAACACACAGGCGAGAAGCCCUAUAAGUGUGACAUCUGUACAGCAGAGUUUAGCCGUAGCUCUAUCCUGUUGAAUCACAAGCGAAGACACACAGGUGAGAAGCCAUAUAAGUGCGACCUCUGUACUGCAGAGUUCAGCAGUAGCGGAAACCUAUCACGCCACAAGCGGAUACACACGGGCGAGAAGCCCUACAAGUGUGAUCUCUGUCCUGCAGAGUUCAGCAACAAAAUGGGUCUACAGUACCACAGGCGAACACACACGGGAGAGAAGCCAUACAAGUGCAAUGUCUGCCCUGCGGAGUUCAGCCACAUUAUGAAUCUAUCAUAUCACAAGCGAAAACACACAGGCGAGAAACCCUAUAAGUGUGACAUCUGUACAGCAGAGUUUAGCCGUAGCUCUAUCCUGGUGAGUCACAAGCGGACACACACGGGAGAGAAGCCCCAUAAGUGCGAUCACUGUACUGCAGAGUUCAGCAGUAGCGGAAACCUAUCACGCCACAAGCGGAUUCACGCGGGCGAGAAGCCCUACAAGUGUGAUCUCUGUCCUGCAGAGUUCAUCGAGAGCACGAAGCUGCGAUAUCACAAGCAAAAACACACUGGCGAGGAGCCCUAUAAGUGCGACCUCUGUCCUGCAGAGUUCACCGGCAGCACGAAAUUGCGGUGUCACAAGCAGACACACAUGAGCGAGGUGCCCUGCUAGUGCGACCGCUGUCCGACAGAAUUUAGCCACAGUCCAGACCUGGGGCAAUACAA